CUAUAUACUUGCUACCCUUCCCUCUAGGCAAUAAACUCUACCUUCCCCGAAAACCCUGGAAGAAGCAGCUUCGACUUCCAUUCUACCCUGUGUCAAUCGGAGGACUGUCCGUCGGCUACAUUGAAGUUGAACACAAGUGAUUGACGACAGCCGAACUUGCGAUACGUCUUGAAGACAAGAAUGGAGAAACUAGCUUUGAUGAAGGACAUCUUUAGCAAAUAUUUGGAGCAGAUCAGGGGAGUCCCACCCUUGGGGCCGCCUGAUGAGACAGAGAAUCCAACCCAAUCUUCACCUGCUUCGGUUCCCUUCGAGGAGAUGGCUAAAUAUCACUACCCGCUCUACUUUGAUCCCGACCAGGAUGCAGCUUCUUUCCCACGGACACUUUGCGAAGCCCGCGUCUCCAACGGACAUAGCCUUCUCAGUGCGUUAAAGGUUGACACAGAGAAUCCAACCCAAUCUUCACCUCCUUCGUUUUCUCACAACUAUCCAUAUAACUACCCAUCCCACUUUGAUUCCAAGCAGCAUGCAGCUUCUUUCCCAUGGAUGUCUUCGGAAGACCACCUCUCCAACGGACAUAGCCUUCUCAGCGCGUACAAGGUGACCUCGCCCUAUAGAUAUGGCUUCCCUUCAUCAUUUCUCUCGGAACUUGCCUUCAAUUCUGGCGCGACACCAUCUAUCUCACUACUGCAGCCCUCAACACCGUCUAUGUGCAUCAACGUAAGGGAUUUCAUAAUGCUUUCACCGUUCGCAGCAUCCCCUUCAAGCAAGAAGCGUAAACGCCUACAGUCUGACUUGUAGGUGUCCUCAGCCUCUCACUUGUACACGGGGUCUUCGAGCGGUGCACCACGGUCGUGAUCCGAAUCCUCCCAUCACGAAGACGACGAAUCGGAUUCUGGUUCGGUCUAUUGUCCUAGUCCUGUUAGGAGCAGGUUGUGUAGUGCAGCGGGAGAAGCUAGGUCUGGAGUCGAAGGUCAAAAGCUGUAGCAUUAUAAAUAGUAUGUGAUACAUACCUGGAGUCGUCGACCUUUGAAAUCCAGUAUUGGUG